AUGGAAGUUGAAAAUGAAGAUAUUAAAUUUGAUGCAGAUGAAUGGAUGAUGGAAUCGGUAUUUAGAUAUAAUCGACUUCAUAUGUAUGAUCUUCAUUUGCCUGUUACUGCCUCAGACUGGAUUAAUGAGAAAAAUGUUUGUCUCGCUACAUCAGAUGAAAAGAAUCAUGAGAUUUGGCAAGUGGCUCUUCCGGACGAUUUGCUUGAAGAAGAACAAGAAUCAUGUUUAAGCAAAGAUCGGGAUUUUAAGUUGGUUGCUGGUGGCUUUUGUGACAAGAAAAUUGCUGCUGUGAAAUGUUUUGCUUCUCAACAGUAUGUAGCUGUAGCCCACGUUGAUACCAGUUCUGUUGAUAUACUGAAGCUUUGUUCAGAUUCCAGUGUCAACGUCAUGCCAAAGGUGAAAACCAUUCAGAAUGUUAAUUGUAACAGUGAAGCUUCUGCUUUAUCCAAAAUGUCUGAUACUAUCAUGGCAUUUGGUUCCUGCUUGAAUAAUAUUUGCAUUGCUGAUAUUGCUACUCAGACUGUAUUGCAUCACACCCAAAGUAAAUCUCUUAGUGUUGAUGAAAGACUUGGCGGUUUAGAAACCCUAUCCUCAAAUACUCUAGUUGCUUGUGGACAGUGUUCUGGUUGUUUGUGGAUGCUUGACUUUCGGCUAAAAGAACCCUUGAAAGCUUCUACUCCUCCAUGUACUGACCAUUGUUCAACAUCUACAAUGGAUUUGAAGUGGACCAUGACUAGACCUCUCAUGGCAGUGACUCCAAGUAAUGAUGAGGAUUGCUCUGGGAGUAUAUGGCGUUUUUCCAGUGAUGGUACCAUUCUUGAAAACUGUGUUUCAGAGUUGAAAAAUCCAUGUUUUAAAACAUGUCCCUCUACAAUACAGAAGAAAGGAAAAGAAAAUAAAGCUCCAAGAAGUGUACAAGUAUCACAUGACCAAAGUCCUUUAAUUUCAAUUUCUGGAUUUGGAAACAUCAUCCAGAUUUAUGACAGCGGCCAAUGGAAGAAAGCUGAAGAUCCUGAUAAAGUAGAACCCAUUUUUGUACAUGAUGGACACCAAGUUUGCUGCAAACAGCCAGAAGUUAACCAAGUUACGUAUCAUGGUUGGCAUCCAACCAAACAUGGACUUAUGUUAUCUGCAGACAGUGAAGGAAGUCUGCAUGUUUUUGAAGCAAGUGUUCUCUAG